CUUACUGGGCCCGUACUUUGAGCUAGACGUGAGGCUGACCCUCGAGUUGGAGCAUGGCUGCAGCCCUGGACCCUCAGAUCGACGCACCCCUGGAAGUUGAGGGGUGCCUAAUAAUGAAGGUGGAAAAAAAUAAUGUCCACCCCGAGUGGACAUCAGAGCCCAUUCUGGAAGGAUCAGAUAUCUCUGAGUCUGAGACCUUUCGCAAAUGCUUCAGGCAAUUUUGUUAUGAGGAUGUGACCGGACCCCAUGAAGCUUUCAGUAAACUCUGGGAACUUUGCUGCCGGUGGCUGAAGCCAGAAAUACGUUCCAAGGAGCAGAUACUUGAACUGCUGGUGAUUGAGCAGUUUCUCACCAUUUUACCAGACAAGAUUCAGGCUUGGGCACAGAAACAGUGUCCAGAAAGUGGAGAGGAGGCGGUCGCGCUGGUAGUACAUUUAGAGAAAGAGACUGGAAGACUAAGACAGCAGGUCAGUAGUCCUGUACACAGAAAGAAGCAAGCCCCACUUGGAGCAGUGUGGGAGGUGGCAGACUUUCAGCCAGACCAGAUGGAGACCCAAGCCAGGGUGGUAUCUCGGGAGGAAGCUGGAAGCCUCCACUCAGGACACCAGGAACAGCUGAACCGAAAGAAAGAACAUCAACCCUUACCCAAGAAUGCUCGACCUUCUCAGUGGGUUCCUUCCCCUGCUGGUGAAUGGAGCACCACAGAUCAAGAAGUGACAGCCACACGACUUCCUUCUGGGUCCCAGAAACCAUUGAAAGAUGUCCACAUGAUGAGAGGUUUUUCCUACAAAAAGAGUGUGCAUCAGAUUCCUGCUCACAGAGACCUCUACCGGGGUGUCAGGAAGGAGAGUGUUGGGAACAUGGUCUCCUUGGGUAGUACAGUGUCUACAUCUAACAAGAUAGCCCAGUUGGAAGAAAGAAAGGAGCCGUGGACUCUAGGUCUAUAUUCCUCUAGUAAGAGGAAUAUCAAGGAAAAGUCAAUUCAUGCUAUUCAGAUCCCUGCAAGGAAUGCAGGAAAAACAUGGAGAGAGCAGCAACAAUGGGGUUUAGAAGAUGAAAAAAUAGCAGGUGUUCAUUGGAGCUAUGAGGAAACUAAGACUUUUCUUGCAAUUCUCAAAGAAUCUCGCUUUUAUGAAACACUUCAGGCUUGUCCCCGAAAUAGCCAGGUAUAUGGUGCUGUGGCUGAAUGGUUGCGAGAAUGUGGCUUCCUCCGAACUCCAGAACAGUGUCGGACCAAGUUCAAAAGUCUCCAGAAGAGCUAUCGAAAAGUGAGAAAUGGCCACAUGCUAGAACCCUGCGCCUUCUUUGAGGACAUGGAUGCUUUGUUGAACCCUGCAGCCCAUGCUUCAUCCACUGAUAAACCAAAACAGAUGAUAUCUCUGCCCAGACUGAAGAGAAUUGGCAUCACUGCUAAAGAACAGAUCAGUUUGGUGGAGGAGGAGGAAGCUGCAGAAGAUUCUGAUGGUGAUGAAAUGGGCAUUGAAUUUAUCCGCAAGUCUGAGAUCCGUGGUGCCCCUGUCUUGUUUCAAAACCUAAGUGGUGUACACUGGGGCUAUGAGGAAACCAAGACUUUCCUUGAUAUCCUCCGUGAGACUCGGUUUUAUGAAGCACUUCAAGCCUGUCAUCGGAAGAGCAAAUUGUAUGGGGCCGUGGCUGAACAACUUCGGGAGUGUGGCUUCCUCCGGACACCAGAACAAUGCCGAACCAAGUUCAAAAGCCUUCAGAAGAGUUACCGCAAAGUGAAAAAUGGCCACGUGCUAGAGUCCUGUGCAUUCUACAAGGAGAUGGAUGCCCUAAUUAACUCUCGGGCAUCUGCCCCCUCCACCAGCACCCCAGAAGAAGUCUCUUCACCCUUAAGGCAAGAAAGAGAGGAUAUUGAGGUUGAACACGAGGAACCUACAGGUUGGGAAGCAGAGGAGACCUCACAGGAGGCAGUGAUAGAAGAUUCUGGCAGCGAGAGAGUGAGUGAAGAGGAAAUUAUACAAGAGCUGGAAUUCCAGGGACCUCCAGAUCCAAAUGAUUUUGAAAUUGGAAGUAGUAUCAAGGAAGAUCCAGUGCAGGUAAUAUAUAAGGACGUGGAGCAGCAUAGGGCAUUAAUAGAAAAGUCCAAAAGAGUUCUUUCCCAGAAUACUGAUCUCAGUAAAUACCGCAAAAGGGAAUGCAUCUCAGGAAGACAAUGGGAAAACCUUCAAGGAAUUAGACAGGGAAAGCUGAUAUCUCAGCCUAGAGAUGUAGGGAAAACCGUCGUGCAUCAGAGGCUUUUCAUGGGGAAGAGACCCUACAGACUUCUCAAAUAUGGAGAAAGCUUUGGAAGGAGUGCUCGUCUUAUGUGCAGGAUGACCCACCAGAGGGAAAAUCCUUACAAGUGUAGUGUCUGUGGGAAGUGCUUUGGUAGAAGCAGGAGCCUAAUCAGACACCAAAGAAUCCACACAGGAGAAAAACCUUUUAAAUGUCUCGACUGUGGGAAAAGCUUUAAUGACUCCUCAAAUUUUGGUGCCCACCAGAGAAUCCACACAGGAGAGAAACCCUACAGAUGUGGAGAGUGUGGAAAAUGCUUUAGUCAAAGCUCUAGUCUUAUUAUACAUCAGAGAACCCACACUGGCGAGAAGCCCUAUCAGUGUGGAGAAUGUGGGAAAAGCUUUACCAACAGUUCUCAUUUCAGUGCCCACCGGAGAGUCCACACUGGAGAGAAUCCCUACAAAUGUGUGGAUUGUGAAAAAAGUUUCAAUAACUGUACAAGAUUUCGAGAACAUCGGAGAAUACACACUGGAGAGAAGCCCUAUGGAUGUGCCCAGUGUGGCAAACGUUUCAGUAAGAGUUCUGUUCUUACCAAACACCGGGAAGUUCAUGUGAGAGAAAAGCCUCUGCCACACCCUUCAUCUGUGUAUUCCCCAGAGAACGCACAUAGGGGAAAGACUGAUGAAUUCAGAAAAACUUUUUGAUGAUGAUCUCUUCUCUUCCUAAAUGUCCCUUUAGCCAUUGUACCCU